UGAUGAGCGAAGAGGAAAGAUAUUUAUUACAUUUGAACGAUAUCGGCAAUGACUGUUUCGAAUUAUAACCAUAAGCUUAAGAACGUGUAAGUUCGUCGUUUUCGCGGUAAAUGGCGUGACGAGCAGAGCGAAUCUCGAAAGGAUCGUCGACCGUUUCUGUCUACCAUAAGUCCAAAUCUGCGCCGCAGCGCCUCCAUAAAAAAAAUAUCCGAAAAAUCAGUAUACCGUUAGCAUUAGAAAUUUGUUUGGACAAACGAGUAAAUGUUUUAAAAUACCGCAAACGUUGACAUUUGUAGUAUCAAGCGCGUACAGAGCUAAUAAUAGUUUUUUAUAAUGAUUGUUAAUGAUAAUGAUUCCGACUGUUCUAAAACUGGAGAAGAGCUGAAUUUAUCCGAGGACACCGACAAGAUCAAGUACUUAAUACAGCAGCUACUACACCCUCAAAUGCCAAGAACACUCGAGAAAAAUCAUGACAAUUUUUCUUUUAUUUUAAAAAAGUAUCAGGAUUUGCCUCAAAUGCUGGAUCCGUAUCUCGACAGUUUUUUGAGCUCGCUCAUUCAGCUCAUAAGGGAGAAGGCUAAUUUUAAAGAUCUAAAUAACUAUGUCUUCAAAUACAUCUAUAUAAUAAUGAGCGUUAAAACUUAUAAGAAGAUAGCCAUACAUUUGCCGCAUGAAGUAAGUGAUUUUAACAGAGUCCUAGAGAUGUUGGAAAAACAAGACAUAGAUGACAAGGAUAAUUGGCAGACGCGCUAUGUACUUUUGAUAUGGUUGUCGAUCAUAUGUAAAAUCCCAUUUGCCCUCUCCAGAUUAGAUACGAUAAGUCCGUUGAACGAAAAUCCACAGCAAAGUAUUACGUUAAGAGUUAUUGAAAUUUGUAAAAAGUACUGUGCUUCGAAAGACUCCUGCUCCAUUGCUGGAAUAUACUUAGUGGCUAACUUCUUAACCCGUUCCGACGUCAAGGAUCAUUAUUUAGAAGAUAUGAUAUCGUGGUCAUUAAAUAAUUUUCAAAAGGAUAAUUUAGAUCACAGACCAUUAGCAGUGAUCGCAUCCAUUAUUAAGCAUAGUUGCAGAGACGACCUUGUGCCUUACAACCAAUUGAUUCUCGAUAAAGUGUUGAGAGUUAAAUUAAGUAACAAUUCGGCGGAUCUUGUUAGAAAGUAUUUAAUCAAAAUUAUUCAGCGCAUAGGUACGGUCUUAUUGAAACCAAAUAGUCCUGCUUGGCACUAUAAGAAAGCGUCAAAGACUAUAAAUUUAUAUACUCAUCUGAACGAAACGAGUACUAUCGAGUCUGCUGAUAUUGAUAAGAAAUUUUCUGUAGCUAAAAUCGAAGAUCAUGAAAUUCCACCGUGCAUGGAAGAUUUAUUGGAAUAUCUUAUAACUGGCCUACAAGACAAGUCAUUAAUAAUUCGAUGGUCAGCUGCCAAAGGAAUUGGAAGAAUAACAGCUCGAUUACCUAUUGAUUUAGCAGAUGAAGUACUUGGCUUUGUUUUGAACUUAUUUUCAUCUCGCGAAUACGAAAUUGCCUGGCACGGUGGCUGUUUGGCGUUAGCUGAACUGGGAAGGAGAGGUUUACUGUUGCCGUAUCGAUUAGAAAUCAUUAUACCUUUGGUUAUUAAAGGCUUACAGUUCGAUGAACCCAGAUCACACGGACCUAUUGGCUCUAUUAUAAGAGAUGCAGCGUGUUUUGUUUGUUGGUCUUUUGCAAGAGCUUUUGAACCAAAUGUUUUUGAACCUUAUAUAGAAGAUAUUACAAUAGCACUGUUAAUUGUUACUUGCUUUGAUCGCCAAAUUAAUUGUCGUAGAGCAGCUUCUGCAGCAUUUCAGGAAAUUGUUGGUAGACAAGGUAAUUUCCCAAAUGGCAUCGAUAUAGUCUCUGCAUCCGACUAUCUUGCGGUAGGAGUUCGUAGUAAUGCAUACCUUAAGAUCAGUGUAUUUAUUGCAAAUUAUGAAGGUUAUUUGGAACCAUUUUGUGAGCACCUUAUACGCUGUAAGGUUGCUCAUUGGGAUAUUGCAAUAAGAGAACUUACGGCUAAGGCUUUAUAUAAUUUGGCAGGACUUCGUCCAGAUUAUACAAUUAACAAAAUGCUCCCAUUAUUAAUGGAUUUUCUUACGUCGCCCGAUCUCUGUCAUUGUCAUGGUGCUACUCUUGCCAUCGCUGAAAUUCUGAUUGCCCUUCACGAUAUGAAUAAUAAGGAUUUAAUAGAAUUUAUAGAACAAACUUCAUCAAAAAUUCAAGAUAUAGUAGCUACAUUUCGCAAUCGUGGACAAUUUAGAGGAUUAGGUGGUGAAAUAUUGAAACAAGCUUGUGUCACUCUCAUAAAAAAUCUUUCGCUUAUGCACUUUAGUAUAGAUUCUAAGAAUAUUUUAAACGAUUGGCAAGAUUUAUUAGAAGAAUGUUUAGGUAACGAAGUAUCAACUGUAAGAAUUGUAUCGGCUGAAGCUCAAACAGCAUUUUUAACUGAAUAUUAUUUCUCUUGGAGCCUAGAAACGAGACACGAUAUUAUAAAUCGAUAUCUCAAUAAUCUGUUCUCUACUAAUCAAGCGAACAGAAUUGGUUUUGCCCAAGCUAUUGGCUACUUUCCAGUAUCCGUUUUAGAAGAGAAAGGUCAAGAUAUAUUUAAGAAGCUUAUAGAAAGUUGUGAUAUGACCAAAGAAACAUUAUUAUGGGCUGAAAGCAGAAAGGAAGCCAUUAAUUCUUUAAAAAAAUUAUGUGAAACUUUAGGUCUUCCAAAAGCAGAACAAUGGAAAUGCUUUUUAAACGACUUGUACAAUUGUUAUUUCAAUGGGCUCGCAGACUAUACGAAUGACAACCGUGGUGACAUUGGCUCUUGGGUAAGAGAGGCUGCAAUAUCUGCAAUCUUUUCCCUAACAAAUUUAGUUUAUCAAGCUGGAUAUUCCUCUGUUUUGACGGAAGAAUUGAUGGGAAAAAUUAUUGGAGGCAUAUCUCAACAAGCAGUCGAGCGCAUAGACAGAACGAGGGCUAAAGCAGGAUCCACGGUUUAUGCUUUGAUUGAAAGUGAAUUACCCAAUAUUCCAUACCAUAAGGAGCUCAAAACAUUAUUUUCAAAUUUUGUUGACGGUAACGAUGAAAUGUACAUAGAUUGGAAAUCUGAGAGCGAGACAAUUCCACUUUUCAUAGAAAUGUUGUCAUUUCCACCAUAUAUUUCACCUAUACUGAGAGGUAUCAUUUUUAGUAUGGGAGGAUUAUCAGAGUCACUGGUAAAAUAUUCCACCAUGUCAUUACAAGAGUAUCUCAUGAGCAUUAAUAAAGAGAAAUUCUGGAAAAUUAGUAAAGAAAUGUGCCAUAUAUUUGAAACUUCUCACGGGGAUGAUCGCAUGAUCUGUGCAAGUCUGGCCUUUCUAGAUCGUUUAAUGAACGGAGUAAAUCUUUUAAUGAUUUAUAGCGAUCCUGAAAAUGAAGUAGCUGUACGUAUAUUAAAUUUUGCUAAGACAGAAAGCAAGUGUGUGAAAACAACGCAGUCUCAAAUCAAUAUUGUAAAGAUCUUUUGUCAUCUGUUGUAUACUGGUGGUUCAACGUGCAAGAGUGCCUUCUCACAAUUAAGUAUGUAUCUCUGUCACAAAUUUAAAUAUAUAAGAAAAACGACGGCUUAUCUUUUGUAUGAAAAUUUCGUAUUGUAUGGACGUGACUUUGCAUUAAGCACGCAAGAUUUAGCCACAGUUGUGCACCAGUUGAAUGUUGUUGAUUGGGAGCAGCCUGUUGCAAACUUACGACCAAUCAGAAAUGAAUUGUGUAAGAUUAUGGAAAAUUUUCUUCCUUAAAAUGGAACAAACCGUUAAAUAAAACAAUGAACUGUUAAUUGUUUUUGUACUCUGCUCUUUUCACUUGUAUGAUCGAUAACUACAAUAAUAAAUUUGAUAUUAAGUAUUACAGAGUAAAUUUACUGAGAGACUAAUACAUAUCUAUGUGCGUGUGCAUGUACACCUGCAUAUAUUUAUGAAAAUGCAUAUGUACAUAUUUGGAAAAUCAGAGGCGUUAGCAACGGAGU